AUGAUUAUCGAUCACCUUCACAACGAUCUACCUGCUUCUUUGAAAGAAGACGUUGAUCUGCUUAAAGAUAUUGAUAAUGCGGAAACCUUAAAAAAGAAAUUAGACAAGGAAGAGGCAUGCCCUGCCCAAGGGGACAUGAUGAGACAGGUAGGGCGAUUCAUAGAUACGGCUUUUGAUGACCCCAAGAUUAUCUGUCGGGGUUCGGAAAAGGCUAGCAAAUCUCUGUCAGCUAGUCUUAAACACGGACAGAACUGUCUGGCUGAGGUUGAAAAGAUGGAGAACGUAAGGCUAUGGGCAGGAUCUAAUCUGCCCAUCUUUAAUUCUCCGGAAAUAGCUGCCGUGAAUGGUGUCGAUCUUAGGAUCAGACAAAAGAACUUUGAUACGAACUUUUGUGACUCCUCUGCUGGAUAUAUUUGUCGUAUUCAUCAUAACCAGAAAGACAACUGUGAUCAACAAGUGAAGCAGACGACAGUCAAUCAGGACAUGAAUGUUAUUCAUAAGGCCAACAAGCUCUAUUACCAAUAG